UUCUUUCCUGGCAAACUUUGAUGGAGAAUUUCACACCGUGCUGUAAAAAUGCCUGUUAUGAAAGGAUUACUGGCACCUCAAAAUACCUUCUUGGACACGAUCGCAACUAGGUUUGACGGCACACAUAGCAAUUUCAUUCUUGCCAAUGCUCAAGUGGCUAAAGGAUUCCCCAUAGUUUACUGUUCUGAUGGCUUCUGUGAGCUUUCUGGAUUUGCACGAACCGAAGUCAUGCAGAAGAGCUGCAGCUGUAAAUUUUUAUAUGGUGCUGAAACAAAUGAGCAAAUGAUUCUCCAAAUUGAAAAGUCAUUGGAAGAAAAAAUGGAAUUCAAAGGAGAGAUCAUGUUUUAUAAAAAGAACAGGUCUUCAUUUUGGUGCCUAUUGGAUGUUGUCCCAAUUAAGAAUGAGAAAGGUGAUGUUGUUCUGUUUCUAUCUUCUUUCAAAGACAUAACAGAUACAAAAAUAAAGAUUUCUCUGGAAGAAAAAAAAGAUGAAAAAUUCAAAGGAAGAGGAAGAGCAGGAUCACAUUUUGAUUCAGCCCGCAGACGGAGUAGAGCUGUCCUUUAUCACAUCUCCGGACACCUACAAAGAAGAGAAAAGAACAAAUUAAAAAUUAAUAAUAAUGUUUUUGUAGAUAAACCAGCAUUUCCGGAAUAUAAAGUUUCAGAUGCAAAAAAGUCCAAAUUCAUACUUUUGCAUUUUAGCACUUUUAAAGCUGGCUGGGACUGGCUUAUAUUACUAGCAACGUUUUAUGUUGCUGUAACUGUACCUUAUAAUGUUUGUUUUAUUGGCAAUGAUGAUCUGUCUACAACUCGAAGCACAACAGUCAGUGACAUUGCAGUGGAGAUACUGUUUAUCAUAGAUAUUAUUUUAAAUUUCCGAACUACAUAUGUCAGCAAGUCUGGCCAAGUAAUAUUUGAAGCAAGAUCUAUUUGUAUCCACUAUGUGACUACCUGGUUUAUCAUUGAUUUAAUAGCUGCACUUCCUUUUGAUCUUCUUUAUGCUUUUAAUGUCAAUGUGGUAUCAAUUGUUCACCUUCUCAAGACUGUACGUUUACUACGCCUUUUACGUCUACUUCAGAAAUUGGAUCGUUAUUCCCAGCACAGUACAAUUGUUCUGACAUUGCUGAUGUCUAUGUUUGCACUGCUGGCUCACUGGAUGGCUUGCAUUUGGUAUGUCAUUGGAAAGAAGGAAAUGGAAAAAAAACCACUCACAUGGGACAUAGGUUGGCUUCAUGAACUAGGAAAACGUUUGGAAUCUCCAUAUUUUGGCAAUAACACAUCAGGAGGCCCAUCACUCAGAAGUGCCUAUAUUGCUGCCCUGUAUUUUACACUUAGCAGCCUCACCAGUGUUGGGUUUGGCAAUGUUUCAGCCAAUACGGAUGCUGAAAAGAUUUUUUCCAUUUGCACAAUGCUGAUUGGGGCUUUAAUGCACGCCUUGGUUUUUGGUAAUGUGACUGCUAUCAUUCAGAGGAUGUACUCCAGGUGGUCCCUUUAUCACACAAGAACUAAGGAUCUCAAAGAUUUUAUAAGGGUCCAUCACCUGCCUCAGCAAUUAAAGCAAAGAAUGCUGGAAUAUUUCCAAACCACUUGGUCUGUCAAUAAUGGAAUAGAUUCCCAUGAGCUUCUUAAAGAUUUUCCAGAUGAGCUGCGCUCAGACAUCACCAUGCAUUUGAACAAGGAGAUUCUGCAACUCUCCCUUUUUGAGUGUGCCAGUCGGGGUUGCCUCAGGUCUUUGUCUUUGCAUAUCAAAACCUCCUUUUGUGCUCCUGGGGAGUACCUCCUCCGGCAGGGAGAUGCCUUGCAAGCUAUCUAUCUUGUGUGCUCAGGUUCCAUGGAAGUUCUAAAAGAUAGCAUGGUGCUGGCAAUUCUAGGUAAAGGAGAUUUAAUUGGAGCGAACCUCUCAAUUAAGGACCAAGUGAUUAAAACAAAUGCUGAUGUGAAAGCUCUAACCUAUUGUGACCUCCAAUGUAUUAUUCUCAAAGGACUUUUUGAAGUGUUAGAUCUUUACCCAGAAUAUGCUCAUAAGUUUGUUGAAGACAUUCAGCAUGAUCUCACUUACAAUCUUCGGGAAGGCCAUGAAAGUGAUGUAAUCAUCAGAUUAUCAAACAAGUCUUCCAUCUGUCAGUCAGACUCCAAAGGAAAUGGCAGCAUAAAUAAAAGACUUCCAUCCAUUGUGGAGGAUGAGGAAGAAGAGGAAGUCAUGACAGACGAGGAUGGAGCAACUCUUUCCCCAAUUCACACAAGAAGCACAGCCUCUCAGCAAAAGAAAUCGGGAAGCAAUAAAAACUAUCUGGGGAUAAACUUGAAACAGUUGGCCUCAGGUACUGUUCCCUUCCACUCACCCAUCCGAGUUUGCAGUGCAACCUCAUCAAGAACCAAGCAUGAAACUGAACUCCAUUACUAUUCCAAACGAAAAGAGAAGAAUCUGAAGCUGCAUCUUUCAUCACUUAACAGCAUCAUCCCUCCUGACCUCAGCCCUCGAGAAUGAAGUUGGUGCUGCUGUGUUAGUUAUCAAAGCAGAAGAAACGAAACAACAGAUCAACAAGCUUAAUAAUCAGGUCACUGCUUUGAGCCAAGAGGUCUCUCAAUUAAGGAAAGACAUGAAGAGUGUUACUCAUCUUCUGGAAAACCUAUUGGUGGCCCAAAAAUCACCAGAUUUCUGUGCAAUUCAUGGCCCAGUGACAAGUCCCAACAUGGAAAGCUUACAAAAGAGAAUGACAUGGACUACACAGCAACCCUGUAUGCAUAUGCAGGUACCAAAGGUUACUUGCACCAAAGCACAGCUCUGCCAUUCCAACACCAUUGUAGGAAUUUGGAACAUGGAUCCAACCUCCGUUAGUAGCAGCCCACAAAGAACUGAAUCCCAUGUUCAAAAUUCUACGGAUGGUGAAUUUUAUUGUACUUCAGGCUUUGAAUAUUCACCUUCCCAUUACCAUGUUAUCCAAAAAGAUAAUUUGCAGUUUGUAGGCUGCACUUCUCCCCAUUCAGAUACUACUUUGACUCCUCUCCAGUCUAUUUCAGCAACUCUGUCGUCAUCUAUCUGUUCUUCAUCUGAGACAUCUUUACACCUUGUGUUACCCAGCAGAUCUGAGGAAGGCAGCUUUAGUCAGGGAGUUAGUUCAUUAAGCCUUGAAAACCUGCCAGGAUCUUGGGACUUGGAAGGAACAACAGGAACUACACUUGGACAAACUUCAGAAGACGUUAAGACCAGCACAGAGGACAUUAGAGACAGCAAAGCCAUAAAUGCAUAA